CAUUUCCCCAGAGCAAUGGAUCAGUGGGCGUGGCUCUACCUGGGCUGGAGCUUUAGGUGCGGCUCAAACUAAUUUCCUGAAAGUUGGAGAGGUGAACUGUCAGCUGCAGCCAGGUUUACAGACGUACACCAACGAAAUGGACCUCGAUCUGUCGUCGGCUGUGGGUGGUAAAGAGGAGGAAGUGAAGAAGACUGAAGCACAGAAGGACGAGUUUAGCCUCCCUUGGAGCAAGAACAAAGAUAAAGACAAAAAGGGCGGCAAAUCUGAUGGUAAAGGCAAGUCUGACCACAAAGAGGACAAAGACAAGUCCAAAGACAAGUCCAAAGACAAAGACAAGUCCAAAGACAAAGACAAGUCCAAAGACAAGUCCAAAGACAAGUCCAAAGACAAACACAAGUCCAAGGAUGGUGAUGAAAAGAAGAAAAAGAAAAAGGAAAAAAGUGGAGGCUCGUCAUCUAGCAGUGAUGAGGACUGAUCUUCGCUGUGGAUCUGCCUGCUCGGUUUGUCACUUCACUCGUUGAAUAUGGCCGUCAAACAAAACAAAACUGAUUCAUUAAUAAUAAAUUCAUUAACAAUAAAUGUUUUGACAACAAA